CCUAACAUGAACGCGCGUGAUUUUGAGCGUGCGUGCACGCACGUGAGAGGAGGAAGACAGAAAGCUAACGUUCAAAGAGGACGACAUCUCACUCGGACCUGUAUUGAGCACGACCUUUUGCCCAAGACACGAUCUAUGAACGGGACAGUUUGUGUUUCUUACUUCCAAAAAGAAAAAGAUGAUGAUGAAGGAGGAAGUCAUGAAAAUCCUCAACGAGGCUCCCAACGCAAGAAAACUACUUCUGGAAAACUACAACAAUCUCCUAAACGUGGCCGACUACUGCUACAACAACUACACACAGCAACAGUCGAGCGAUGGCAGCUUGAAGGCGCUGGAGGAGACCAAGAACCUGACGGCACAGUCGCUGGCGAGCAUCGCCUACCAGAUUAGCACCUUGGCUACUAGCGUGCUAAGUCUGCUGGACGCGCAGACCAGUCAGCUUCGCCACAUGGAGUCUUCCAUCAAUCUGAUUGGUCAGUCGGUGGAGAUGCACCGUGAGAAAGUUUCUCGCAGAGAAAUCAGCAUCUUCACGGCGGUCAGACGGGUCCCACGCGGCCCGAAGAUCCUCCCGCCUCCCCAGCCUGCUGUUGGCUCGCAGCCCCGUCCUCCGUACAGCCGCCGUCCAAUCAGUUACCAGCAGCUGGACAACGUGGGUCACGGCAUGAAGCUCCCUGGGAAACAAUGGGAGCGCGCAGGAAGCAUCCGGAAGCAGGGAGCCUCCAUCAGGACCAGCAAGUCUCCAGAGGCCAUCCAGUGUCCGCUGGCGCCCCCUGGUGGCAGCUCCACUUUUGGGAAACCUGUGGCUCCGCCCACCAUCCCUACCACCUGGCAGGCUCCACCUGAAGGUGACAUCAUCACCACACCAGCUGAUGACACUCCGCCCCCUCCGCCCCCUCCGCCCCCUCCGCCCAACUCUUCUGAGAUGCCGAUGGCUCUGCCCCCUCCACCCGACUCCUCUGAGAUGCCGAUGGCUCCGCUCCCUCCACCCGACUCCUCUGAGAUGCUGAUGGCUCCGCCCCCUCCAGCCAACUUUUCUGAGAUGCUGAUGGCUCCGCCCCCUCCACCCGACUGCAGGCUGCCCGUGGCUCCGCCCCUUCCAUCUGAUUGCGGGAUGCCGGUUGCUCCACCCCUUCCACCCUCUGAGAUGGUCCUACCUCUGACUCCGCCCUUAUGUCUGGAGACAGUGGUGGAGGAGAGCAGCCUCCCCCCGCCAUCACCCCCUCCCACUGAUGACGACGCCUUUCAUCCGCUGUCCAAUGAUGACUCAGAGCUUCCGGCCCCACCCCCAUCAAGCCAGGAAGUAGACGGUGUGUUUGGUUCUGCAGCAUCCCUCCUCGCCGGAAGGAGUCGCCAGCGCCGCUCGCCUCCCCCUGCUCGCUCCCUCUCUCUGAGGGUCCGCCACCGCCACACUCGCUCUCUCUUUCUGCCCGCAGUCCAAUCACUGAUGAUCCCCCCUCCACCCCCUUAUCCUCCCCCGCGUGCCCCCCCCCAGCCUCUUGCUGCCUCCUCGCAGCGGUUCUGCCUCCCUGCUCGCUUGGAGCACCUGGAUCUGGAAGUGACGAUCUUCCCGCCUCCUCCCCUGUUGGACAGCCAGGCUGCUGUGGAUGCCUCGGCCCCAGUGGAGAAGCAGGACAGUGGCACCCCCCCACAUUACCUGGAGAAAGUGGUGGCGCUGUACUGCUAUGACGCCUUCAAGCCACACCACCUGUCAAUCACCCAGGGUGACGUCAUCUACCUGAUGCAUCGCCAUGACAACGGAUGGUAUGAGGGCAUCCUUAACGGCAAGCAAGGAUUCUUCCCCAAGAAUUAUGUCCAAUCCUGUGACUAGUUUGAAGCUCCGCCGCCUCACUUGC